UGAAGAGCUCUUCCACAGCGAUGUUUACUGAAUACUAACUAUUAAAAAAAUAUAUAAACACACACACACACACACACACACAAGCGGCGUUUAAAAAUCUUUGAUUUUAGUCUUUGAGGAGUUGUUAUCAUGGAUGAGGAUGGAUUACCGAUCGUGGGUUCUGGUGUAGACCUCAGGAAGGUUCCGGCGAUUCAGCAGAGGAGGAUCGUCGCUUUCCUCAACCAGUUCAUCGUCCACACGGUCCGCUUCCUCAACCGCUUCUCUACCGUCUGCGAGGAGAAACUUGCAACGAUAUCAUUACGGAUCCAGCAAAUUGAAACGACACUCAGCAUCUUGGAAACAAAGCUGUCGUCAAUCCCUGGCCUGGAGGAAGUCACAGUUAACGGAGUGGAUCAGAGGCUUCCUACUGAGACCAACGGGCCAGCAGUGGGAUCCAGUCCUUCAGCAGUCACAGCUGCUCCUUCUCCUCCUUCUGAGGGUCCUGGACAGGGGCAGGAAGGCGCUCAGGGGCAAAAGGCAGACAAUGUGAUGACUGUAGCUAAGGACCCACGAUACGCCAGAUACCUUAAAAUGGUUCAAGUGGGUGUUCCGGUCAUGGCAAUAAAAAACAAAAUGAUUCUUGAUGGUUUAGACCCCAGUCUCUUAGAUUCACCAGACGCUCCGGUCCCAGACUGUGGCAAGAAGGUGACUGAAGAACAAGAUGACAGCUCAGACAGUGAAUCGUCUUUCAGUGACUGAUUAGCCCUGACCUCUGACCUAACCAUGGUCUUGAUACUGAACUGGCUUGCUGAGAGCUUGACUCUGUACAGGGUAAAUGUAUGUAGUGUACACGCUUAUGCCCUGGGCGCUCACACGGGCUACACUUGUUCCAUGUGAGUGGCUUGGAUGUGCCUUAGACUGUGGCUGUGUGUGGGGAAACCCACACAUCUCUCUUCAUGUAAUAGUAAAGGUUUUGAAAUGUAUAGAAUUAGACAAGACGAGAACUGGACUAGUUUCUUAUAAAUGUUUAAAAAGGUCGUGAUUUUCCUCAUUUCCCCUUUUGAACAGACAGUGUGUAUUGAUGUACACUGGUGUCACCACGCCUACAUGUGGAAUGUAUGUGUAUGUAUAAAGCGAAUAUAUAUAUAUUUUUUACAAACAUGUUAUGAAAUCAGAGUGGUCACAAGCUCAUACCAUCUCUAAACACACGAGGAUAACAUCCUUUAUUUCCCAACACAGGAGUCGUGCACGUUGUGUAAUUACAUCCUUUUAUUGCUGGAGUACUGUCAGCAUUGCAGCAACACAGGUUAAAGUGCAAACACUAUAAAAUGUAUUAUUAAAGAUCUUCAUUUGGAAUGUGCUUAAUUUGUUUGUUAGGUGUGUUUGAUUAAAUAACAUAGAAACGUAUAAAAAUAAAAUUUGCAUAUAAAAAUCA